CCCUCGAACUUUUCUCCUCGGCUCUACUCGAAAAGCGUUACUCCAGUCUAAAACCCACACAGUAGAAUACCCCAAGAAGAAAACAAUAAGAACUAGAGCUUCUAGUUCGAGUACCAGCAAUGGUGGGCUUGACCAAGAUCGCCAUGGAAUGGCUCCAAGAUCCGCUGAGCUGGCUGUUCGUUGCCUCGGUGGUCUUCGUGAUGCUGCAGCGGCGGCGGCGGCGGGGCAGGGCGCCGCCGCUGCCUCCGGGGCCGAACCCGCUUCCUAUCGUCGGCAACAUGUCAAUGAUGGACCAGCUGACGCACCGUGGCCUCACGGCGCUGGCGAAGAAGUACGGUGGCUUUCUCCACCUCCGCCUGGGCAAGGUCCACGCCUUUGCCGUGUCGACGCCGGAGUACGCUCAAGAGGUGCUGCAGGUGCAGGACGCCGCCUUCUCCAACCGGCCGGCUAGCCUCGCCGCCACCUACCUCACCUACGACCGCGCCGACAUGGCGUUCGCGCACCACGGGCCCUUCUGGCGCCAGAUGCGCAAGCUGUGCGUGAUGAAGCUCUUCAGCCGGCGCCGUCCGGAGACGUGGCUCGCCGUGCGCAACGAGUCCGCGGCGCUCGUCCGCGCCGUGGCCCGGCGGAGCGGCGAGACCGUGAACCUUGGCGAGCUCAUCUUCAACCUCGCCAAGAACGUCACCUUCCGCGCCGCGUUCGGCGCCGGUGCCGCCGGCGACGCCGGGAAGCAGGAGGAGUUCAUCGCCAUCCUCCAGGAGUUCUCCAAGCUCUUCGUCGAGUUCUGCAUCGGCGACUUCAUCCCGUGGCUCAGCUGGGCGGACCCGCAGGGCAUCAACGUGCGCCUCCGCGCCGCACGCGCCGCGCUCGACCAGUUCAUCGACAAGAUCAUCGACGAGCACAUGAAGAGGGGCAGGAACCCCGACGACGUCGACGCCGACAUGGUGGAUGACAUGCUCGCGUUCCUUCCGGAGGCGAGAACCAAGAAGGCCGCCGGCGACCGCGGGGACGACCUCCAGAACACGCUCCGCCUAACCCGUGACAACAUCAAGGCCAUGAUCAUGGACGUGAUGUUUGGCGGGACAGAGACGGUGGCGUCGGCGAUCGAGUGGGCAAUGUCGGAGAUGAUGCACUGCCCCGACGACCUCCGACGUCUGCAGCAGGAGCUUGCCGACACAGUGGGUCUCGACCAGAACGUGGACGAGUCGGACCUAGACAAACUUCCCUUCCUCAAGUGCGUCAUCAAGGAGACGCUCCGGUUGCACCCACCCAUCCCAUUGCUCAACCAUGAGAAUGCCGAGGACUGUGUCGUCGGCGGCUACUCCGUGCCCCGGGGCUCCCGCGUCAUGAUCAACGUCUUUGCCAUCGGUCGUGACGCCAGCACGUGGAAGGACGCCGACGCGUUUCGACCUUCAAGGUUCAUGGAGGGGGAAGGGGAGGCCGCUGGGGUCGACUUCAAGGGUGGGUGCUUUGAGUUCCUGCCGUUUGGGUCCGGCCGCCGCUCGUGCCCUGGCAUGGCGCUCGGCCUGUACUCGUUGGAGCUCAUUGUCGCGCAGCUCGCUCAUGGGUUCAACUUGGCACUCCCUGACGGCAUGGCGCCGUCGGAGCUCGACAUGCGUGAUGUCUUCGGCCUCACUGUUCCACGUGCCACCAGGCUCUGCGUCGUGCCCACACCUCGACUCACCUGCUCUUUGGUCGCUGAUGAUGAUGCCGCGCACCAGGCAUGAUGUCAUGCGUGCACCUAUUGUCUUUGUGUGCCCCACCGCCUGAGUUUGGUGGGUUUCUCUUUGCCUUUUUCUUCUUCUAUUUUCUGAUACUACAGAACACAAUAAUUGGAUCUUCUAUCCUUAGCUUA